AUGUCCGACUCCUACACCAGUUCCUCCUACUACUACAGCUCCACCAGCAAAGGCGACAGCGGCACCUCAACCACAACCGGCCACCGAUACACAACAACCUCCCUAACCGAAGCCGACGGCACAACCAUCGUCCGCACAGCGAGACAAGACCUCGGCCAACCGCUCAUAAUCGAAGAACACCGCUACGACAGCACAGGCCAAGAACAACUCGCCCUCCCCGGACCCAGCGGAUCUUCCGCCGGCGGUGUCCGACGCAUAACAGACCUCGACGAAGAAGGGUCGUCCGAAUUAUCAGCCUUUGACGCGGAGGCUUCGUUUAGCAGUGGCGCCACGCCGCAGUUUGAUGGCGCGGCCGUGCCGUUUGGAACGAGGGUUGUGGAUGUAGAUACGGGUGCUUAUGAUGAGCAUAUGCAUUAUUUUGGGGAUAAGUCGAUGAGACAUCAUCGGGAGUUGAGGGAUGCGAGUGGGAGGAAGUUUACGAGGGAUGUGGAUUUUGAUCCGUCAGGGAGGAGUGGGACGGCGCAUGAGAGGAGGAGGUUUGAGAAUCCGGAGACGGGGACGGAGGUGGAGAAGGAUGAUGAUGUUGAGGUUUCGGAGGUGAUUUAG